AUGGGACAAAGUCCAAGCAAACCUGUGCCCGGGACAAAGUUCCGCGUCAUCGGCGCGGGCAUGUCCCGAACCGGCACCAAAACCCUCAACGAGGCGCUCCAGGUCCUCCUCGACGGCCCCGUGCACGACUCGGGCAUCCACUCCUUCUGCGGCACGCGGCAGCAGCAGCACGCCUGGCUCGAGGUGAUGGAGCUGACGCCCGGCGUCAAGACGGUCGCGGACCGCAAGCGCCUCGACUACCUCCUCGCGUCGCUGCUCGAGGGCUACAGCUCCACCAUGGACACGCCCGCCAACAUGGUGGCGGCCGAGAUCCUGUCCGUGUUCCCCGACGCCGUCGUGGUCUGCACCACGCGCGACCCCAUCCCCUGGGCCGUGUCCAUGUACAAGAUGGCCGACAUGGCCGGGACCUGGUACGCACCCUUUUUCGCGUGCGUCCUCCCGGGGAUAUGGAACCACUCGAGGUGGUACCGCCUGCACGAGCGCCUGAUCGCCUACAGGCUGGGGUACAACGACUUUAGGGUCGAGAGCAUCCGGGACCACGAGGAGCGGCUGCGGAGGGUGAUCCCGGCCGACAAGCUGUUCUUCUACAGGGUCAGCGACGGGUGGGCGCCGCUCUGCGAGAUCCUGGGCGUGCCCGUGCCGGACCGGCCGUUCCCGCACAGCAACAACUUCAACGAGGCCAGGGCCGUGUUCAGGGGCAUCAUCUUCACGGGGUCGCUGGUGUGGCUGGGCAUCAUUGGCAUCGCCUCCACCGUGGGCUGGCUGGCGUACAAGUAUUUCUGGCUGAGCAGGUUUGGGUGA